CCCCAGUCUCGUCAGGUGCACGGUACCUGCAUCAGACUGCCCUAAUGGCAGUCCUCACGCGUCGAUAGACCGUAUGUGAUGUAUUCUUUGGAACAUAGUGUUAACCUUUCAAGGCGAGCUUGCAAGAACAGGACACGUUACGUGUUGUUGCUAUUGUUAUUGUUGUUGUUGAUUGGAUAUUGCGAUUGUUUUGCCAAGCCGCCGAAUCAUGCUGCCGAUAGCCACAAACAAACUUCUACCAACCUUGGCGCCAACUCUUAUGAAUAUAGCAGUUUGUAUAAAACUAUCUCGACAUCUUCGGAUCAGAGACCACCGGUUGAGAACAACGCAGACAAUACAGAAAAACCGAUUACUAGUUUCGUCACUGAAAAAACGGCGGAUAAAAAAGAGGUGACGAGGUAUCCAAUUAUAUCGGUCUCUUUCCAUAGAGUAGAAACUCCAUUUAUCAUAGCUUUAUGGAUUUUUUGUGCCAGUCUGUCCAAAAUAGGAUUUCAUAUGGCCCCAAAGUUGAGCGCAAUAUUUCCAGAAUCGUGCCUAUUGAUAUUCGUUGGAGUGGUGAUCGGAGUGAUUUUGGUGCAUAUGACAGACAGCGUCCACAUGUCACCAUUAACGCCAGACACGUUUUUCUUCUACAUGCUUCCACCGAUCAUACUCGACGCCGGCUAUUUCAUGCCUAAUCGAUUGUUUUUUGAACACUUCGGCACUAUAUUAUUGUUUGCUGUUGUUGGUACUAUUUUUAAUACAUUAACUAUAGGUGCUUCCUUAUGGGCGGUCGGACUAACAGGUCUGUUUUCCUGUGAUACUCCCCUGCUAGACAUGUUCCUGUUUGGCUCUUUGAUCUCUGCAGUCGAUCCGGUGGCGGUGCUAGCAGUAUUCGAAGAAAUUCAAGUUAACGAGAUAUUGUACAUAGUCGUGUUUGGUGAAUCGCUACUCAACGAUGCGGUUACUGUCGUGCUUUACCACUUGUUCGAAUCCUACACCCAGAUGGGAUUGAAAAAUAUUCUCUACGUCGAUAUGUUUUCGGGAUUUUUAAAUUUCUGGGUGGUGGCCAUCGGCGGUACGGUUAUCGGUGUGAUCUGGGGUAUGGCUACCUCUUUAGUGACUAAAUUUACGAAUGAAGUGCGAGUUAUAGAACCUAUUUUUAUAUUUGUUAUGGCCUAUUUAGCGUAUUUGAAUGCCGAAAUAUUUCAUAUGUCAGGAAUUUUGGCAAUAACUUUCUGUGGCAUUACUAUGAAGAAUUAUGUAGAAGCUAAUAUUUCCCAUAAAUCUCAUACGACCAUAAAAUAUACCAUGAAGAUGUUGAGCAGCUCCUCUGAAACGAUCAUCUUUAUGUUCUUGGGAGUCGCUACUGUUAAUAAGAACCACGAUUGGAAUACUUGGUUCGUCAUUCUCACAAUAGUAUUUUGCUCAUUUUAUAGAGUUAUAGGAGUAAUAAUAUUUACAGCAAUAGCAAAUCGUUUCCGCUUAAACCAAUUGAGUACCGUGGACAAGUUUGUUAUGUCUUACGGUGGAUUAAGAGGUGCUGUAGCUUUCGCUCUUGUGCUUCUCAUAAAUCCUAAAACGGUUAAACUCCAACCUAUGUUCAUGACUACUACUAUUGCUGUAGUGUAUUUCACAGUUUUUUUCCAAGGUAUCACAAUAAAACCGUUAGUGAAGAUUCUCAACGUGAAGACGGCCGAAAAAAGGAAACCAACAAUGAAUGAGAGGAUACAUGAGAGGCUGAUGGAUCAUACAAUGGCUGGAAUAGAAGAUAUUUUAGGUCAGCAUGGUAAUUACCAUAUACGAGAUAGAUUCAAACGUUUCGACAACCACUUCAUCAGGCCGUACCUCUUGCGUAAUCACCAAGGUGCGGAACAGAAAAUUCUGGAAACUUAUUCAAAACUAGCUAUGAGAGAUGCGAUGGAGUAUAUGCGUCGAAAUGCUUCAACUAUUGGAAAUAUCUCUGGUACUGAAAGUAUGUCUGCAAUAUUUAAAACUUAUACAGCGGGAAAUAUAAAUAGUAGAUCCGGAACUGAUUCUACAGGUCCUCUGAGAGAAAGUACGAGUUUUAGUCAAUUAGAUUCUAGUACUUGGAACAUUGAUAUGCAAGAAUUAGAAUAUAAUCCUUCCAAAAAAGAUUUGACGGAUGCCAAAAUCCACCAUUUGUUGGCUGAAGAAUUAGGAAAACCAUACAGGAGGCACCGCAAACUUAGUUAUAGUAGACAUGCAGUCAACGAUCGAGAUCUUUCGACACAAGUCAAUUACAGGAUGCACUUCAACAUGCGAAGAUUGGUUGCCGAUAAGAAACACCACCAUAAACGACAUAGUAAAAAAAUGAAUAAAGAUGGAAAGCAGAAUCAUGUGAGUUUUCCUGAAUUCCAGCAAAAUGGUACCGCGAAACAAUUCUGCACAGAUUACAUAACCGAAGUUCUAAAUGAAGACGAAAAUGAAUCAUCGUCAAAAGCUAUAAAAGAAGAAUGGGAUAGUCCAAUUACGUUUACAGCAAAAUCGUCACUUACAGAUGAAAGCGUAUAUUCGGAUAAUGGAAAAAGAUCUUCAAAAGGAUCUAUUGAAGGAGACUUUAUGAGAGUUUCAACGCCAACAGCCACAGAAAUGAUGCUUCCUUGGAAACGAGAAGAAGAAGGCUGUGUCCCCAUUCUCCAGAGCGAGUUUCCUGGAUGGGCGUCAAACAAGGAAUACUUAGCCUAUAAUUCACCGUCUGCCACAUUUUUGGGCGGUCUGGAAAAUCCUCGUUCAUCAGUUAUUGGUCUUUUUCGUCGAGAAAGUGUUGGUUCGGAACCAUCUUGCAGUGCCGAAUCUACUCCUCAUAAGGAAAGAAGAAAUUCUUCAGGACGGAGCACUUCCUUAUUAGUGGAAGAAACAGAGAAAGAUUCUGAUCCGUUAGGGGUUUUACAAAAAACGUUUAUGCCGAUUUCACCGUUACCACAACCACCUGCACAAAGGCGUCAAGCAAGGAGAGGUUCUAUGAUGGAAUUGAAUACAGGGUCUGUUACGAGAGACACAAUUCCAGAAGAAAUUUACGGAACUUCGUCACUUAGAAGACCGUCUUGGAUAAACAGUAGCUCCCAAAGACGUUCAAGUUUCACCAGGCAACCAACUUUAGGCAUAUCGUUGAUGGGUAAUGUUUCAUCACCUUCACCAACACCUUCAGAGGCUUCUAACGAAGAUACCGAUAUUGAGUGUUUGAUGAAAGCUGGACUUUAAUAUAAAAGUAUUGAAGAUCUAGAAUCUAGCGACUGAAAGCUUAUUGUGAUUAGGAUUGAACAACAGUAUUAAAGUAAAUUUCGAAUUUCGUUUUCCAAAUCACAUCGGAAUUUGAAACUUGUUAUAAUAAUGUCGAGGGUAAGAGAAGAUUUAAAAUAUUUUGCUAGCGUCCGUUUCAUCGUUUGCUCAUGAAAAUUCAUCUUUAGAAGUUAUUUUAAAUCAAAAGUAGUUUUUAAAUAGAAAAAUCAUUGUUAGUAUUUUCAUCGCGAUAUGUUUAACUUGUAAAUUCGCGUCAUAGCUUAAAAUUAGUCUCAAUUUGUUAUUUCCAUAAAAAAGUUGAUAAUUAAUAAUUGAGCAAAAACCCCUACGAUAAACAAACUUAUGAAUCAAUAGUUUGACUGCAAAAUAUAGUACCUGUCUCCUCUCUUUCGUAACCUAAGUUCAUUCACCUUCGGUUCCAGGAAUAAAUUGAUACUCUUGUAUAUAUACAGUGACUCACAGAUCAAAUAAAUCACUCUUUAUAAAUAAAUCAGAACUUGAAUUCCGUUAAAUCAAGAAGUAACAGUCACUAAUAGAAAUUUCUCUUUUUAUUAACUGCUUCAUCGUGUAAACUGUGAGUUACUUGAUGUUAGAGUAUACCUAAAUCUAAAAAUUAUCUUUUGUGAAACACCGUAUAUAGGCAAUUUUGCAUUUUAAAAUCUAGUUGAAUACUUAUCGAGAUUAUAACUUUAAAAUCACUAAUUACAUCUGAUUGAAAUAUCACUACUGUUACUGUCUAAUAACGGAAAAGUUAAAUGCGUUUGCUGAGACAAUUUCUUGUCCCUGGUUUUUUGCUUAUUAUGAUCAGCUAUUAAGUUUCUAGGUAUACUACGACAAACACUUAAACGGCAAAGUAUAUUUUUAAAGCUCUGAUAACCAAACUUAAUCUGUAGUUUCAAAAUAAUGUGCAAUACUGAAUAAAUUUUAAAAUGCAAAUGUCUCAGUUAUGUACUUUUAUCGGCCUACAUGUUGGGAUAAAGUUAAAAAUGAAAUACUUUUAACUAGCGAAGACCUAUAAUUCUUAUAGGAUUUGUUUCGAUAUAUUUUAAUAGGUUUAGUAACAAUUAAUGUCAUUUUUAGUCGCAACCUCAGAUUCGAUAGCUACAAAUGGUUUUAAAAAAACUUUUUGCCAUCAAUUGCCAACUCUUAGUAAGCUCUAUAACAGGGGUCCGCAAUCUUUUUUUGGCCGCGGGUCAAAUUCAACCAAAAUGCGAGUAUUAUACAGAUAUUUUCGUAUUAAGACAGUAUUUUAGUAAAUAAUAAGAUAUAUUAUAUUGAGAAAAUAAUUACAAACAUACGAGGAUAUAUUCAAAAAUUCUUAGUCUACUAUAGAACCAAACAAAAUUUCAAUGUCAAAAUAUUCUCAACAUAUUCUCCUCUUAAUUGGAUACAUUUAUUACAGCGAAGCUUUAAAAAAUGUUUCUUCUUGCUCUGCAAACCAGACCUCCACAGCUUUUAUUACCUCCUCGUUGGAAUGAGAUUUACGAACUUUUUUACAUUUGAGGAAAAGGAUGAUAGUCGGACGGAGCGAAAUCUGGUGAAUAAGAGGGGUGUUCUAAUUAUUCAAAUCCUAAAUCACGAAUUUUUUGCAUCGCAACAUGAGAUUUGUAUGCAGGGGCGUUUUCCUGUAAAAACAAAACACCUUUGGAUAGUUUUCCGCGUCUUUUCUCUUUAAUGUUUUAAGUAAGGUCAGAGUAAUGUCGAAUAGUAAUCUCCAGUUAUUGUUCUACCCUAAUAAAAAAUCAAUCAUGAUUACUCCUAACACGAAACUUCUUAGGUCUUGGAGAACCAGAAUGUCGCAAUUUCAUCAAUUGUUGCUUUGUUUCUGGAUCUUAGAAAUGAACCCAAGUCUCAUCCAUAGUAACAAUUCGGUUUAAGAAGUAUACGUCGUUUUCAAAUCGAGCACAGAUCGAACGCGAUGCUUCUACCCUUGCACGCUUUUGGUCAAUAUGCAAACAUUUGGGGAUGAUCAAAUUGACUUGAACGCAUUUGUUUGAAAUAUUUAGUGCUUCAGAUAUCCGUUUUAGCCCAAUUCGACGGUCUGAUAAAAUAAUGUCAUGAACUGCAUCGAUAUUUUCGGAGACUGACACAGAAACAGUCCUUCCCGAUCGGUCAUCAUCUUCAAUGGAAAAUUUACAUGUUUUGAAGCUUGCAGUCCAAUUUUUCACGGUCGCUUACGAAGGACAUUGAUCACCAAGGGUAUUAAGCAUAUCUUCGUGAAUCUACUUACCUCUUAAUCCUUUUAAAUACAAGUACUUGAUGAUGACACUCCAAUUUUUCGAUUUUCACAAUUUCGGUGGACCUCUUUUUUCUUUUAAUUUAUUGCGUAACUCUGGUUUACUUUUUUGACGUCAAACCUCACACUGACACUUCUAAUUAGUUAUUGUUCGUUGCUAUGGGAACGCAAUAUUUUGUUUAUGCAUGGAUGUGGUCUUGGCUAACUAGAUAUCAAUACAUCCUCGUAGUUGAAUGAACUUUCUUUAUUAAUUUUCUCUACGAUAUCAAUGGCUCCCCUGUUGUUGAAUUUGUGACGUCAAUUCAGUCAAGCCUAGUUUAUAGUUAUAGUUAGUCGUUCCGCAAUUUCUUGAAUUCAUCCGUCCAUAAUGUUGAACUUAAACAUUUCUAAACUAAAAUUGUCAAUUCUUAGAUAUUCAAAAUACUGCAAAUUUAUAAUAUUCUCUUCUAUUUCAUCGGGCUUUAUUAUAAAUGUAAGCAUUUCUCCAUGUUUAUUAAGACGUUCAAACCGACUUUCAUAUUCACUUUUAAUGCCCGAAAUCCAACUUUCGAACAAAUUUAGAUUGCGUUCAUCGAUAUUUUCUUUUUCAUGUUACCUUUUUAACGAGGGAAAGAAAUAAAAUUUUUUAGUUUUUAUGCCAGUUUCAAAAAAUGUCAAUUUUGAAGUAAAACUGUUCUAUUCCUCAUACAUUUUCAAAGUUCUGUAGUUAUUUCCUUGGAGUCGAACGUUGAAAUCAUUAUAUUGGUUCAUUAUGUCUGUUGAGAACAAGAGUCUUACAAAUCAUUGUUUAUCAUUGAGUUCAAAAUCAUUUUAACCGAUUACGUAAAGAAAUAUUUGUAUAUCAUCAAAACACUUUACAAAUCUAUUAAGAACUUUGCCCUGAGUAAACCAUCGCAUUUCAAAACUUAAUAACAAAUUUCCAUAUUUCGAUUCAAUUUCCUCCAAAAAACCGUUGAAGCGCUGAUCGCGCUAUUAUCAUGUUUACGAUCUCAACUUUUUCCAUUACAUCCUUAAGUUGUUGUGUAGAUGCCUUUGCAAAUAAAUUUUCUUCAUGUAUGAUACAAUGAAACGAUAAAAGUAUACGGCCAAGUUCACUUUACAUUAGUUUUACAAAUCCAACAGUUUUUCCUCUCAUACUUGGAGCACCGUCAGUUGUUAUGGGAAACAAUUUACUUUUUAAAUCCAGUACUUGACCAUUUUUGAAAUUUAUAAACUCUUGUACUUGACCAAAAAUAUGAGUACCUUUGGUGGUGUCAUUCAUUGAAGCUAGAACGCAUAGUUCUUCUUUGACAUUCGAGCUAUUUAUUGAUGCAAAUCCAAUAAUUAUUGCCAGCCUACCAAUACUAUUUAUGUCGGUCCUUUCGUCAACUGCAAUGCUAAUUAUGUCACAAGAUAACAAAUCAUUUUUGACCUGUUCAUCAAUAUUCUUUGCCAUACCUUCAACGCGACGCUGGACUGGACUGGACUGACAAUAGCAUUUCUUUGAUUCUCUCAAAUUCUCCCAAAGUGUUCGGAACAGUUUAUGAAUGCGUUUUUCAAAAACUUGCUGUCUGUAAAUGGUUUUCCGUUGUACCAAUGGUAAGAGCUGCAACAAAGCUCGCAGACAUAGCGUGAUUGUUGCUGGUAAAAUUUAAUACACGUUUAUCAAUGUAUUCAGAUUUAUCUUUAUUUGCCACUCACAUCUUUAUGUUUUGAAGUAAAGUGUCGCUCAAUAUUAUUAGUCCUGACGGUAAUUAUAUCUGUACAUAAAGUACAUAUCAAUUUGUCACCGUUUUCGAUACACCCAUAAUUUUAUGUCCCACCCAUCUUGAAAUAAUCUCUUUCUUGCUUUUUGUUUGUUCAUGGUACUUUUUUUAAAUAAUAUUUAUUUCUCUAGGUCACUAUUAUUGUGUUAUUGUUUUACACGCUCUAUAACUAUAACUAACAUACAACUGAGAUAACUAAUCCGCCGAUUCCAUAUCCAUUCAGGCGGGGGUGGAGCUUUAAUUGAUUCAAAGUUGGUACGUUCAUACGACAAAAAUUUUUUGAGAAUAAUAAAAAAAAUUUUUGGGUUGCUGACCCCUGGUCUAAAAGUAAGUUUCACAUUAAUUAACCAAAAACAACCACAAUCGAGGUAAAAUUUGCAUUUCGUUCCUCUUUUGAUAAAACCGAUUUUUAAAGCAAAGAUGAAAAAUGGGUACUUAAUGUUAAUCUGAAGAGCAACAAUGGUUGGACAACCGUGCCGUAAAUCCUGACUUGCAUGCGAAAAGAUGAUGUGUGUUAGGCCGAAUUUUAAAAGAAUCGUUCAUUAUGAGCUCUUUCCUUCAAAUCAAAUCAUCACAGAUGAAGUGCAGAGGUUAGGCAAAGGGAAAGAGCUCGUCGUUUUUGAUCGGAGUAGAUCACGAUAACCCAUUACCACAUACUGAGAGAUCACGAGGGAAAAGCCCUUUUGGAAUAUAACGUUCUUCCACAACCACAAUUCUCUUGUUGUCGCCAGCCAGGUAGUUUAAAAUAACGGCAACGAUAUCAUUGAUUAAAUUGUUUUAUGAGUAGUGAAUUAGUUUUUUAUUGGUUUACCUAUUUUUCUUGUUCAACAACAAUAUCAUUAAGUUCAUUAUUGGGUAGAUUGAGGAACUUUUAUGUCGAAUAAGGUUUCGUUUCAGUGAUGAACCUGAUUCAGGAACAAUUUUCUUCUGCAGAGCUGUGGUUAUAUGUUUGUAGAGGGAUGGUUUUUUGGGGUAACGUUCGCUCAGUGUGUGUGCUUGCAAUAUAUCAUAGGGAUGAGUUAAAUUGAAAGAAGAGAAGCAAAUGAAAUAUAAUAGCACACGGAAUGAAAGUAGUAUUGUAUGGUAGAGAGUAGGUACAAAAUCGGGCCCAGCUGCGGCAGUAUUAUCCCUUUUCGUUGGCCAUUUUGGCAAAAAUCUAACGCAAAGAACCUGUAAAGUAUUGACUACACUACUCGCGAAGUUGAUCGAAGUUGACUUCUAGAUGCAAAUUUCAUUUCGCUUUGUGCAGCAGCGCCUCUACUCACUCAAUUUUAUAUACGAUAUAAUUUUUAAUAAAAUCAAGAAGAGCUAUUUGACCUGUAGGGUCUUCAUAAAUAUUAUUCUCACAAAAUUUGUUAUUGUAUCGUUUUUAUAUUUGGAUAUAGAGCAAUAAAGACCCCAGAAACAAUAAAACAUUAAAUUUGCUUCGUUUUAGGAAAAAAAUAUUUUUGUUUGUAGAUCAUUGAACACACUUAAAAUAUUUAGAAUUGUUGUUUAGAAACAUUGUUCUGAUUUGAGACUUAUUCAUUCCAUGAAGAAAUUCAUACUUAAAGUAGUGUUAUUCGAGAAUAGCUACAACAGAUAUUAUUUGGAUAAACCUAAUCUAACUUAUCUAUUAGUCAUUUUGGUAAAUAACUGAAUCUAUUCUAUUACAAUUUUUAUUUGGGAUGACUAAGUCAUAUUAGAAGAACACAUUAAAUCAAUUCAAUAUGUUUAUGUAAAUUGGAUAAUUAAUAAAUAAAUAUCAGUU